ACCGCGGGAGCCGAGAUGGCGGCGCACACGCUGCGGGGUCUCUGCGGGCCGCGGCUGGGGCUUCUUGCCGCCGGGUUCUCGCAGCGAGCCGCCGCCGGGGCCGAGUAUCGGAGCAUCUACAGCCUGGAUAAGCUGUACCCGCCGCGGCAAGAAGACUCCCGCAGCGCCCCGGAACAGACGCAGACGCAGCCGGCCACCCUCGACAUCCCCAUGGAUCGCCUGACUGUGACCUACAGCCGGAGCAGCGGCCCGGGUGGGCAGAAUGUCAACAAAGUGAACAGCAAAGCAGAGGUUCGGUUCCACCUGGCAUCAGCAGACUGGAUUCCAGAAGAUGUGAGAGAAAAAAUGGCAUUGAUGCAAAGGAACAAGAUAAACCGAGCUGGUGAGCUGAUCGUGAACUCUGAAGAGAGCCGCUACCAGAUGAGGAACCUGGCAAUCUGUUUGGAGAAGAUCAGGACCAUGGUGACAGAGGCAACUGAGAAGCCCAAGGUGGUGUCAAAGGAGACUACACAGAAGCUCAUAGAGAGGGUGGAAAAAAUGAACCGUGAGCGACUACGGCAGAAAAAGAUACACUCGAGUAUAAAACAGAGCAGGAAGGCAGACUUUGACUGAGAGCAGCAGAGAACCAAGCCCUUGGCACACCAUCUUCUUGAAGCAGUGGCACUGGCAGCUGUAGGUGAUGCUAAACUCGGGAGCCAUAUUGAAUAGAAACGGUCUAAAAGUGUAAAUAAAAGUAUUUAACACCUCCUG